AGUGACGUCAGAGCCUCCCCCUCCCCCAGGUAAGCGGUGCGGCGUACGAUGUGUGUUCGGUGACGUGCGUGUGUCUGCUAGCUCAUCACCCGGCGCCCGUCGUUUCCCAUUCAGCGGCGAUCGUAUUAUCGGUGGGGACGACACCCGGGUGUCAUGUACCAGUGCUCUGCUUCUCCACCCAGGCUUCGGCUAAGAACGGAGAAAGGCUGCCUGGAUUCCCCUUCCGCCAGUCUCCGGUGAGCGGAAUGAGCGCCACAUCAGACAACAGUCCGGAGGAGCGCAAGGAGGACGGCGUUGAAGAUGACUCUGCAGAGGAGGAGCCCCCUGUACAGGUCAGGCAGCUACCUACUGUCCCCGCCCCUGAAGAGCCGCACAUGGACUUUCCUGAGACUGAGGGCCAACCAGUGGGCAAUGGGAGGCUCUUCUACUGGCUGAAGGACAGGUGUUUGGGCCGGGGGCUGUGUGUGGAUCCAGCAAGGGACAAUUACAGGACCAUGACCAGCUUGUACAGCUCCAUCCAGCCGGCGGACUCCGUGAACCUGAGCACAAGGACACAUGGGGCUGUGUUCAAUCUGGAGUACUCCCCUGAUGGGUCUGUACUCACAGUGGCUUGUGAACAAACUGAAGUCCUGCUUUUUGACCCUUUGUCUUCAAAGCACAUAAAAACACUAUCAGAGGCACAUGAAGACUGUGUAAAUAAUAUCAGAUUUCUUGACAACAGGUUGUUUGCAACCUGCUCCGAUGAUACAACAAUAGCAUUGUGGGACCUAAGAAAGCUGAACAAUAAGGUGUGCACACUACAUGGCCAUACCAGCUGGGUGAAGAACAUAGAAUAUGACACACAUACAAGGCUUUUGGUCACUUCUGGGUUUGAUGGCAAUGUGAUCAUUUGGGACACUAAUAGGUGUACAGAAGAUGGUUGUCCACACAAAAAAUUCUUUCACACUCGGUUUUUAAUGCGGAUGAGAUUAACUCCUGAUUGUUCAAAAAUGUUAAUUUCAACUUCCUCUGGAUAUCUGGUAAUUUUACAUGAUUUAGACCUGACAAAAUCCUUAGAGGUUGGUAGUUAUCCUAUCUUAAGAGCCAGGAGAACAGCUUCCACGUCAGACGUGACCACUUCACCGACAUCUUCUGAAACAAGGUCGCCUAAUUCUCCAAGUCAUCACAGUGAAUUGGGCUGCCUAUUUGAAAAACAUAAUUUGCGGGCUUUACAGAGAGAAGGUGCUUCCCCUCGUAACAGUCUUGAGGUUCUAACACCAGAGGUUCCCGGAGAGAGAGAUCGUGGCAACUGCAUUACAUCUCUGCAACUUCACCCCAAAGGAUGGGCUACACUUCUUCGCUGUUCUAGUAAUACUGAUGACCAAGAGUGGACUUGUGUAUACGAGUUUCAAGAAGGAGCCCCUGUACGUCCCAUCUCUCCUCGAUGCUCUCUGCGUCUGACCCACUAUAUUGAAGAGGCUAAUGUGGGCCGUGGCUAUAUUAAGGAACUUUGUUUCAGCCCAGAUGGACGCAUGAUUGCCUCUCCUCAUGGCUAUGGGAUCCGAUUGCUGGGGUUUGAUACCCAGUGCAGUGAGCUUGUAGACUGUUUGCCUAAAGAAGCUGGGACACUACAAGAAAUUUGCUCCCUAUAUUCUCAUAGGGAUGUUGUCCUGACAACUAAGUUCUCUCCCACCCACUGUCAGAUAGCGUCAGGGUGCCUUAGUGGACGGGUCUCCCUGUACCAACCAAAAUUUUAACUUCCACAAUGCAAUUCUUUCCAAAGCCAGACUGGGAAUCCACUUGUUCUGAUUUCUUUAAACAUCAGCAUUUUGACUUUUCUUGAAACUAGAGAAAAAAAUCGAAACUUUUGUUUACAAUAGAUUGUGAGCUUUGUGGUCAUACCACUUUCAAAUGAAUGGAAGUUUAUUUCUGCUGUUGAUGUAACAGGGCUUGCAAUAAAUAAAAAUAUCUCUAAGGGGG